AUGUCUCUGGUUGUCAAAUUCCUACAAAAAAGGUAGGAAAGCAGUUUUCUAAAUAAAAAUAACCUGAAUCAUCAUAGGAAAUAAUUUAAUACCUGAAUUUAAUACUGUACAGAGUUACAAAAAGUUUCAAACGGGCGAUAAGAUUUACCUUCCAUCUUCCCAUCAUUUUUACAGCGACAGUGAUUAAAAUUGAGGCAUAAUGUCUGAAUCGACAGUAGCUACUGGUGGUUCUACAGUCAGUGUGGAGGAGCAGCGUUCGCUUGGCACGGCUGCAGGCUCUGUUGGGGAUGAGAAAAUAUACGGAGGCUGUGAGGGUCCGGAUGCGAUGUACGUAAAGCUGGUCUCCUCAGACGGACAUGAGUUCAUAGUGAAGAGGGAGCAUGCACUCACCUCCGGGACUAUCAAAGCCAUGCUGAGUGGACCGGGUCAGUUUGCGGAGAAUGAAGCUAACGAAGUUAAUUUCAGAGAAAUACCGUCCCACGUACUUCAAAAGGUAUGUAUGUACUUCACAUACAAGGUGCGCUAUACAAACUCCUCUACCGAGAUCCCAGAGUUCCCCAUCGCUCCGGAGAUAGCUCUGGAACUCCUGAUGGCCGCCAACUUCCUUGACUGCUGAAGAUUUCAACAUUUAGGGCAUUAUAAUGUUUUUAUCGCGACAAUUCUAAAAAGCAAAAUAAUUUUCAAUAUGCAUUACUUUAAUUGCUUCAUAAUUCACAAUAAAUUUUGUCACUUGAUUACUAGUAUAAAGUUCUGGUAGUUGUAAAAUAUUUUAUGAAUAAGAUUUAAUUUUGGUACCUAUUGCUAUUAUGUUGGUAUAUUACUAAAAGUGUUUUUAUUGAUUGAUGAUUUAGAAUGCCGGUCAGUGUGAACGGGCCCUUAGAUUUUUUCAGUUAAUACAGUUGUAAGUCUCAUGUUAAAUGAAUUAUAAAUGUUUUUAUAAAAGAAACAAGUUGACCGUCUUAAUAGUCGUUAUGCUUUUAUCAAUUUUUAAGUUAGUUUAAUUUUUGGAUAAUCGGUUUUUUUAUAUCAUCUGUCAAAAACGUGCGAAAGCAUUUUAAA